CUAAAGAGAACGGGAGAACGGCUAAAAUUCGCACAUAAAUGAUUUUGUUGUUGAUUCCUAAGACAGCAGACAGGCAGUAUUGAAGAUGGACACAUCAACGAGGGACACGCAGAAGAAUCCAAUUGAAGCUCUGAGCAAAGAUGAACUCAUCAGCAAAUACAAAGGCCUGCUUGGCAUCGCCAAAAAAGCAAAGUUGGCAAAAGAUGAACUCAACGAGGAGAAUCGCCAGUUGAAGGAGGCAUUAACAAGGGCAGCGGCCAAACAGAGCAGCAUACCAGCGAUGCAAGAGAUGCUGCAGGACUUCACCGACAAGAAUCUAAUUCUAACGGAGCAGCUAAGCAGCUUGCAGCGCAGCACCAAAGAGGAUGCCGAUAGAUUGCAACAAUUCGAAAUCGAGAACGAGAGCCUCAAACGUCAAUUGGGUCGUCUCAGCGACGAGAAUGAUGAUCUGCUUGCGGACAUCGAACGCAUGGAGCAGGCCAUGCAUCAGGUUAACACACUUGGCAGCGAGCAACGCAAGAACCUUGAGCUGCUCGAGGUGGACAUUGCCAAAAUUAAGGAGGCCGAGUCACAGAAUGAAAUUCUAAGACAACAGGCGGAGAGUGCAGCCGACGAGGCAAAGCAACGUGUCGCUGAGCUUGCUGAGCUGCAGCAAAAGUAUGAUGCGGUAAAGCAACUGAACUCGGAGCAGCGCAAGAAGUUCAAUGCGCUCAAGGAUCGCUUCAUCGAUGUGCAUCGCAAGCUGAAGAACCUCAAGGAAUGCAAGUGUGUGUUGCUCGAAACGCAGCACGAGUAUGCCGCCUCCGUGUCCAAGUGGCAGCAAGAGAUUAUUAAAGCAUCCCAGUUACUCUGUGCCAAGAUGACAGGCUUGCAGCAGGAGAAUAUGCAGCUUAAGCAGCGGCUAGAGUCGUCACAGCAAACUAAUCAAGAUUCAGGCCACAAUCAGCGAUUGCUGCACAAGGUCUACGAACUGGAACGAUUGGCCAAACUGGUAAAGAUGCAAGAAAAGGAGCAACAACAAAAGCAGCAGCAGCAGCAGCCGGAGCAGCAGCAGAUUCCAAAGAGCACUCUAAAUGUAGAUCGUGUGCUGGAGAAAUUAAACACGAUAGAGCACCUGGCAAAUAUCGUCAAAGGACAACAAUCUGAGAAGUCCACUAGCUCUUUCAAUGUCGCCCACUUUAAUGUGAAACUCAAUCAAAUGCAACGCUUGGCACAGCUGCUGCAGGAGGAGCGUAGCCAACAGGAGAGCGCCCUGCAAUUGAUGAGGCAGCAAUAUGAGCGUGAGCAGGCAGAACUGGAGGCAAACAAUGUGGAGUUGCGGCAGAAUCAUGAAGAUCUGCAGGCGCGCUAUCAGCUGAAGGAGCACGAACAUGCCGAACUGCUGGCCGAGAUGCGGGAACUGAAUGAGGCAUUGAAGGCACGUGGCGAUGUCAUUUCACGCAUGCAGGAGCAGCACGACAAGAAUCACAACGAGAUGCAAUUGUUAACUGACAGUCUAACGGACAAGUCCCAGCAGCUGGAGCAGCUGCAGAGCCGAGUUCAUGAGCUGGAGCAACAGGAGCAAGUUAAUGGCGAUGCACAGAGCGAUGUGCUGUCCACCUCGACGAUUUCACGGGCAGAGGAAUUGAGCCGGCUGCGCGAGCUCGACGAUGGCUACGAGGAGAAGUACAACAAGUUGCGGGCGCUGGCUGCCAAACUGAAAAAGAAAUUGCAGGAACAGACACAUCAGAUUAAGAGCAUGGAGCAGGCUGGUGCCGCCAAGUUGGAGGCCGAAGUUGAGGCCAUCAAACUGGCGCAGACGCAACUGCAACAGGACUUGAAUGUGGCACGUGCCGAGAACCAAAAACUCAAAUCCAAGGACAGGUCAAAGGGUUCGAAUGUAUUAAGUCUGGAAAUUGAAGCGGCAGAGAAAUCGCUGAACGAGGUGAGUGCCAAACUGUUGGCCAAAACCACAGAUCUGGACGCACUCAAAGAAACGCUUGCCAGCAAAGAGAAUACAAUUACCCAACUACGUCGCGAGAUUAGCAUUCUGGAAGAGUCACAGAACGGCGAGGCAGCGCAUAGCAAGCAACUGAAGCAGCAAAUUGAUCGCAUGCAGACACAGCUCAAGGACGCCGUGCAUGGCAAACAGGAGGCACUCACUGGCCGGAAGGAACUGGAACAGCGUAUUGAGCGCCUAAAGCUGGAAGCGGCGGAAAUGCAUUUGCAGCUGGCAGACAACACACAACAAUACGAGACGAAACUGCAGCAAUCCCAGGAGCUGCUCACAAAGAGCACCCAAGAGCUGGAUGUGCGACAGUCAGCGCUAACCCAACUGGAGACGGCCUUGCGAAAUGCCGAGCGCACCAGUGAGCAGCUGCAAGCGGAGUACUCGGACUACAAGCUGAAGGCACAGGCUGUGCUGCGCAAGCAUCAAAAUCGCGACACGGACAAGGAACGCGAUCUUGAGUCGGAAUUGGCCAUGGUGCGUGCCACUGAGAAACAAUUGCGCGCCAGCAAUGAGGAGAGUGCAGUGCGCAUCGUCAAACUAGAAGCACAAAUCGAAGAUAUGCGCAAGAUGAAUCAAAAUAAGCUGCGUUACAAUCAGGAUGUGCUGGCGAUGCUCGAUGAUUUGCGCGACGAGAACGAAUCGCUAACUGAGGAAAAACAACGGCAGCUGCAGCUGCAGCAAGAGCAACUGCAAAAGCAUCGCCAGCAAAUCGAGCAAAUGGAUGAGGGACAUCGGUUACGUGUGUCGCAGCUGGAGCAACAGAUCGAACAGCUCGAGCAGGUGGCCAGUGCCAAGCAGCCGGUUCAAGCCCAAGUCGUGCCCAUUCCGGCAACAGCUGGCAUCGCUUCUACCAGCAGCCCGGAGCAGAGCAAGAUCGAUUACCUCUUGGAGCACGAUGGCAGCGGGGAGACGCUAGCCCAGCUAGCAGCUCAGCGUAAGAUCUCGACGGCAUCGCGUCGCUCGCAUGAUUUUAUGCCGCUGGAUGAGCUGCUGAAUACAUCGCUUAAUGCCAUCAGUAGCGAUACGGUGACAACAAUAUCCCAUUUCGGACGCAGUGUCAGCAUGCAGGAUGAUGACUUUGAACUGGAUCAAGCUCGUGGCGAUGCUCAGGCAACGCUCCUGGCAACCAAGGAGCGUUUGAACAUACAGGAGAGUCGUGUCCGUCAUCUAACCGCCCUGCUCGCUGAGAACGAACAGGAUUUGGCCAAGCUAACGCAAAUGAACGACAUGCUCAAAGAGGAACUGCGUCGCCAGGAACGGUCCGAGGAACGGGAACAGCACAUGCACAACUCCGAAUAUCUGAAAAACGUAUUCUUAAAGUUCAUAACAUUAUCCAAUUCGGAUGAGCGGCAACGUCUAGUUCCGGUACUAAAUACAAUUCUACGUCUGAGUCGCAACGAAGUGGAAAUGCUCAAUUGUGUGGCCAAGGGACAGAAGGUUUCCACUGAUGGCAGCAAUCGCAGUUGGACUGGUUUCCUCAGCGCGUGGAGCGGUGUUGGGAACACGUCAAACAACAAUAACAACACAAACUAGGUGUUUUUCCGGCCAUUUGUCUUAAUUGGUAUUAUACUUACUAUGUGUGUUUGGAGGAUGGAUCAGCCCUUAUUGGCCAGUUACAUCGUUAUGUAAAUCUUGUAUAUGGUUAUUGUCCCAAAAAUUGUAUUUAUGUCCUUUUUAAAAAAUAGUCCUGAUGUGUAGUGUUGUCCUUUAAAUAUAUAUAUAUACAUUGCGUAGAGCGCCCUAUACAGCACUCUAUAGUCAAUCAAUCAAUAAGAAUACUAAUAAUA